AUGACGGAGAGCCUUGAGAACCUUUCUAAUAUAGUAGCCACUUACAGGCAACAGCCUGUCUUUGACGAAACGAUAUAUCCCCAUGCUCGACCUAUCGAACACCCUGGCCUCCAUACGUGGAAGUUGCCUCCGAUACAAGAAAGCGUUGCAUUGAUCCAGGUCGCCAAAUCCCAACGCCUCGCCGGAACAGGUUGGAUCUACGAGUAUCUACCGAUGAACCAAUUCUCAACAAUUUGUCUCGACGUCUACUUCACCGAACACUAUUCUGAAAUGGAUUUCAUCAUCGUUAACGCCGACCUUCACUCGAUCUUCAAAGAUUACAGCACAAUAGUCGUUGGGGACGAAAGAGAACGUUGUGAAAGGCACGCUCUCUUAUGCCGUGCCAAUCUCGAGACAGGGCUUUCCAAUUUGCCCUUGCACAUGCCUGCUAUACCAAAAGCAAUAAUUGCUCUGCUUUUUGGUGCUUUUCAUGCCAUCGAGCUCUCGAAGCCUUUUUUGGCCUGGACUCUGUCUUCAAAAGCAUCCGAAAUAUGCCAAACAUUGGGAUAUCACCGAGAAUCUUCUUCAAAGAGCGAGAGAGAGAGGAAGAUGCUCAGCCUGUCGCUGCGCCUAGGUCGGGCGUCGACUCUUCCGGAGUGGACAAUAACCGUUACUAGGCCGUCAAUUGCGGAUCCUCGUGAAGAGCCGGCGUUGGCCUACUUCGUGUUGUGGGUGGAAGCUGCCCGAUGUCAAAGAAAGAUUUACGAAAUGCUCUACAGUCCAGAUUCAGUCAGGCAACGAGACGAAGAACGGAGAUCACGAAUCCAAAGUCUCAUAUCUGACCUAGAAAACCUGGCAAAAGCGACCUCGGAAACAAAUGCAAUCGAUAACGCCGGGCAAGACUUGAUGGACUUUUACGCAACAUCGGAUGAGACGUUGCGCCUUUCACUCCUCACAUUAGUCCAACGAGCUGCACCUCAAGAUCUUGAAUGUUCCAUGACAUUCAAUUCUGAAUGCGAGCGGGGAUGCAUACUUCCCAGCAUACUUCCAAUGCGUAGGACUCUUUUAUUUGCGCCGUUUGUGCCAUUUGUCGUGGCUUUUUGCCAUGUUAUCGAAACCCUCGAUCAGGCAGACCUUGGUCGCCUUGGUGAAUUCGUCGCGUCUAUAAAAGAUGCUGCUUGUGUUUCAAGUGCUGCUACUCGAGUACAUCACCUGUUCAAUGCUCUUCAUGGUAUUGCAUUGCGCUACACCCAGCCACAGAGCGAUCCUGAAAUCGACUGGGUACUUGCCGCUCUGGCGCCUCCUUUAAACUGGGAUGAGCGCCGUGGCCAGCAGUUUCAAGAAGGCGGUUCAAAUGCUCUUAGAGGCAAUGCGGUUGUGGACAGUCAACAGUGUGACGCAACAACUUUAGAUGGAACAAGCCUUGGAGUUAUCGGGAAUCGUUCCUUAAUGCGAAUGGGACACCAGAUGGAGUUGGAAUCCUGGUUUUAUUAACAGUGAGGCUAUGACGGGUAUAUUGAGGCAAUCUGAGACCAAGUUCACUGGGGCGAACUAGACAGAUUCACUUCCAUGGAGCAGCAGGAUGGUCAUCGAAGAUAAGAGAUGCGAGAGAGUCGGCGUUGGAAAGGUACAUGUAUUUAAGGAGGCUUUCCGUAGCUUACAACAGAGAGGAAUCAUGCUUAAGUAGGUAGUCAUCAUUUCCACAUCUAGCUAACAGCGGAUGGGCAAUGCGG